CUUGCAUAUUCUCCUUUUCACUUCUGUUCAAAAAUAAUAUUUUAUUGUGCAUCCUAUUUGCAAGACCAAGAUGUCAGAUCUUGACUUUUCUCACUUAUCACCUGCCGAGCUUGAGGUUGCCCUGGAUGAACCCGCACUGAAGCCACCAGACGGUGUUACUCCGAACUUCGAGCACCCAGUGAACGAGAACACCGUAUCUCUAGUUUCAAUCUUCCUCUGCUUGGUAGUAGGAUCAAUCUUCCUGGGGUGUAGAAUAUAUAUAAGAUUUUUUAAGAUGAGACAGCAAUAUAUUGGAGACUAUUUGAUGAUUUUGGCAUACCCAUUCUGGGUGAUGACAGCCGUGGGGUCCCUGCGCCGGAUCUUUGGAGCUACGGGAAUCUUUAUACACCAGUGGGAUUUUCGCGGAAGGGAUAUAGCUGAAUAUCUCAAGGUCAUCUUUAUGGGUAUGUGCUUCUGGGCUGCCAGCACCGCGAUGAUGAAGUCGGCUAUCCUUCUUGAAUGGAUUCACAUAUUCUCCGCCGCAAAUACACGGACCAUUUUCCAUCGGAGUUGCAAAAUCUUGCUUAUCUUUACUCCUUUAUUUUACGCCUCCCUUAUAAUUGCGCUGAAUUUAUCCUGCACUCCUUACCGAAGGAUUUGGGACAAAACUCUGACGGGAACCUGCAUCGACAUAAAAGCCAUUCAUAUUGCUGCCACCGCCACUAACGUCAUACUCGACAUUGCAAUUUUGAUACUACCACAGAGAAUCAUUUGGAAAUUGAAAAUGUCGAAGGCUAAAAAGUUCGGCCUUUCUGCGGUUUUUGCCAUUGGUAUCUUUGCCUGUAUUGCCGCAGUAGGCCUUUUCGCGGCCAUAAUUAACUGGGUCGAGUCAAAUGACUUGACUUAUCAUUACUCCGCAGUGGCGCUUUGGGCCAUUGCCGAAUCGACAUGCGGUACAAUGAUUUUCUGCGCACCCGUGAUACCAAAGCUAUUCCGAGGUCUUAAACUCAAGUGGGCUUCUACAGUUAGCUCUUGGGCAAGCUCACCUAUAUUCCACUGGGUUAGGCGCUCUGCAAGAAAGAGUGAAGAUAUAUGGGCGCCUACAGGGCUCGGAUCGGAUCCCCGCCAAUACCGCCAUAUUGACGAGUCAAACUCUACGGAUUUAGGCAAAUUCGAGGCCGCCAGACCUACAGAUCAGCAAUAUGGAAUCGUCUGUACCACUGACAUUCUGGUAACAGAAAGUCGUGAUGCCGAUUUUGUAACAGACCAACGGGGUAAACAGAGUUCAUGGCUUUCCAGCGUCCAGGAGAAUCGAGUAUAAUAAAAAAAGACGCCCUGAUCUUCACGUUACUCUUAAGGGAGGACUAUAAAAUUUAAUGGGUUCUAUGUGGUCUUUUGAGUUGUAGUGAACAGUUUUUUAGGAUAUAUCUAUAUCAUAUCUCG